AUGGCUGCCCCGUCUUCUGCGCCGCCGCUACCUCCACUCGCAACCAGCUCUGUGCAAAUCCCCGACGACUGCAACGCUCCUUCAGAAACACUACUCCCCACCGAUUCUCAUGCUGCUUCACCCACUUCGCCUGACGACUCAUUUUCGUCCGCCCUAACGUCUCCAACAAUUCCUCAGCAGCGCCCGGCGUCGCCACAUGGCUCCACGUCUCUCCUACCGGUACAACCACUUCGAAAAUCGCUCUCCGUCGACUCUUUCGUACAAUACGCCCGUGACGAACCGUCUCCAGUAACAGGGACGCGGCAGAAUCGAGGAAACACAGGCUCAGCAGUCGAUCCACCCCGUCAUCUCGUCUAUGGUAUAUCAGAUGGUCUACGGCGUGAGCGGGAACGAGCCCGCUCUGAGCGCAGUAGGGGUGCGAGCGUCAGCACAACCGGUGAUGAUUACGGUGAUCCCUAUGUCGGGGACUCCGAUGUCGAACGAUCAGAUCCGUUCCAUAGAUCCACUCCCACCAACAGAAGCAUUUCUCAUAAAGCUCCAGAUCAACUCAGGGCGUACGUACGCGCUGGUGAACUUCCAUUACCGUCGCGAACCCCGACUCUCAGUACAGCGUCCAGCGCCAGUAGCAUGAGCGCAACCAGCUCCAUCGUUCAGGAAGACUCGCCACGCUUGCGCAGUACCACGUCAAUGCAAUCAAUGCCGCGGCGCACUAGCGUGCCCACAAACGCCGCCACUGGGAGAGUGCGUAGUGGUAGUCUUGGUGUUUACCAUCCGUCGAGCAAUAGUGGGAUAAGGAUGGUGAUCAACACGCAAGUUUCGACGCACUCGGACAGUUCGUCUAUCACUUUAGCUAUCGUUGGGGCCCCAGGGUGCGGGAAAUCUUUAGCAAUUCGGAAAGGUCUCAGGGCCUACUUUUUGCAAGAGCCUGCCACCCUCCAAGGUCCAUCGGAAAACAAUACUUGGUCUCGAUACACGCAAAGCGUUGGUCGCGUCAGCCGUAACGACAGCCAUCCGGACUGUUCCUUAUAUGUCAUUGAGAUCGAUAUCGUCGCAUCAAGGCUGGACCCGCCGCCAUCAAAAGCCACCGCCUGGCCAGAGGGCACCCCCCGUGUGGAUGGCGUUAUCAUUUGCUACGACGCCUCGGAUGAGGCUUCAUUUAGUCCUGUAGAAAGCCUUCUUGAGGGCUAUCGCGCUACUCUCAAACUUCCCGUUAUCGUUCUAGCUUGCAAAUCUGAUCUGCAGCGUCGUGUCAUUCCCGAGCUGGCCUUAGAAGUUCUGCAAAGGUAUGAUGUUGGGUUGGUAGAAGUCACCGCCACCGAGGACGUGGGGAAGGAUAGGCUGAGGCGUUCAUUCGAGUGGAUUUUGCAAGUGAUCUUUCGGACUCGGACUACUAAAGGGCUUGACGUUAAUGACCGCAAUCCUGCAUCCCCCGAUCUGCUGAAACUUCCACCCCUCCCAGAAAACUCUCCCUCAUCUCCACCUACAGCGACACCCUCUGCUUCGUCUUCGAUGUCAUCUAUGAGAACCGUAGCGCAAUCGCAACCGCGCUCGAGAAACUCCCAGUCGCAUUCCGCCCUUCCCCAUGUACCGUUACCUCGUUCUCCAAAUACACCAAGCUCUCCAACUCGGACUCGUUCCACGGGCGAUCUACUCCACGGCCUCGAAAGAUCGAGACGCGAAUGGCCAGAGCGUUCAACGGAGCACAUCGCUCCCGACGUCAUCUCUGAUCCUCGUAGUUCAAGUUCGGACGCCCCGCGAAGCGCUGGAGAGGUCAUUCAUGGAGUCGAAGACCAGCAUGAGGAACCUAAGGACGAGCGGGAGAAGCAACCACGACCGGCUCAAUGGGCAACACUAGACGAACUUCUCGAUAAGCUUCUCUUUCUGGCUGUCAGCGGAGACGAUCCUUCAUAUAUCACGCAUUUUCUGCUAACUUACCGAAGGUUUGCAACUCCAAGAAAAAUAAUACUAGCUAUGCAGAAACGCAUGCGUCAACUAGACAAUCCAUCGGGAGACCCUAUGUUUGCAUGCUUCGCUCAGAUGAGAAUUUGCCAUCUUCUCCAUCAAUGGAGACUAGAAUAUACACAUGACUUCGCCGUUACGGGUACCGCUGGCGCUCUCAAUGCUCUCACGAAGUCGAUCAUCUCGAAGACAUAUCUCCUUCACUACGGAUCCGACCUCUUACCGUUUUUGGAGAUGCUGCCUACUAUUGAGGACGACCCAGACGCUGCUUGGGCCCUGAAACCCGAGCGGGUUGAUAGCGGUGAAUCAUCUGAUGAGGAGGAGUUUACGGCCAAGAUGCCUGAGACGGAGACGGAGACGCCAGCCUCCGCCUCUCCAACCACACUUCUCUCGGCUCCACCUCUCACGACAGCUGCUUCUCGGGAGCGGAAAUCGAGCCUUACCGCGGUGACCUUGUUGACACCCAAAACGCCGUCCAGUUCUGGGCCGCGUCACAUCAUCAAGGAACUGGCUAGGGUUGCGCAAGAAUUGCAAAUGAUCGACCCAGAAACCAUCGCUCAGCAAAUAACACUGGUCCAGGUCAAGGCCUUUUUGGCCAUUACGCCUCGGAAUUGGAUGUACUACACGCUAGUGUCCGGGAAGAAAGACCCCAUCAGUGAUCCAAUAUCCCGCUUUAAUGGCAUAGCCAACCGCCUCGGGGACUGGGUUGUUUCCUUGAUCCUCUGCCACGAUAAAUCGAAGGCUCGCGCAAAACAGAUUGAAAAAUUUGUUGAUAUAGCAGCCAAGUUGAGAGCCCAUAACAAUUAUUCUGCACUACGCGCCUUUGUGGCGGGCAUCAACAACGCAACCUUCCCUGGAGACGAGACAUUGGAGAAGUUCAAUAGAGAUUCCCCCGAACAGACCAAAAAUCUCCGGUCUUGGGAGGUUCUAUUGCAAGCUAUGCGGUCUCACCGGGCAUACCGAUUAGCUUUGCGCAAUACCAAAGGGGCAUGUGUACCAGCAUUAGAGGUCCAUAUGUCCGAUCUCAUUCGCGCACAUGAAGGGAAUCCAGAUUUCAACGAAGAAGACCCCAAUAAGAUACAUUGGGGUAAAUUCAACAUGAUGGGUCGGUUCAUCAAUAGUACAACUCUGUGUCAGGCCCAAUGCCGAGAUGAACACACCGAGUAUACUUUCAAGGAGAAGCCGCACAUAAAGGCCCUCAUAUUUGACACGCCCGUGAUGGACAUCGAGUUGCAAAAGUCGAGAAUCGCGCCUCCUGAUGAAGGAGAAAACGAACCCAUUCCCCCUCACGCUCCACAAUCUGCCACAGUUUCGACGAAAGAUAUUGCAUUGCUGCGCAAACUCGUUUUCUGGUAG